CUUUGAAAGUUGGGUACGGCGGUGGCGAGCCGGGGCUUCAGAGAUUAUGGUGGCGCUGCGGGACCUUGGGAGCGGCCUGCAACCAUGGUUCCCGUUGGAUCUCAGCCUCGAAUGGGUACACACAGUGUGGGAACUGGACUUCACAGAGACUGAACCAUUGGAUUCCAGCAUAGAAGCAGAGAUCAUAGAGACUGGAUUGAAUGCCUUCACAAAACUUUAUGAAAGUCUUUUUCCCUUUGCUACUGAAGAACAUGAAUCCUCGGAGAGCCUUUGGACAUUCUUCAUUGAGAACAACAUUUCCCAUAGUACGCUAGUGGCGUUAUUCUAUCACUUUGUUCAAAUAGUCCAUUCGAAAAAUGUCAAUGUACAAUAUCGAGAAUAUGGUCUUCAUGCUGCGGGGCUUUAUUUUUUGUUAUUAGAAGUACCAGGUAGUGUAGCCAAUCAAGUAUUUCACCCAGUAAUGUUUGACAAGUGCAUUCAGAUUCUAAAGAAGAGCUGGCCUCAGGAAUCUAACUUGAAUCGAAAAAGAAAGAAAGAGCAACCUAAGAGCUCUCAGGCUAAUCCAAGGGGGAACAGAAAAAGAGGAAAGCCACUCAGGAAAGAGGAUACUGAGAUAGAUGAAAUCAUAGAAGAAGAAGAAGAUGAUGAAGAGAAUAUUUAUUAUUCUGCCCGGGACCUUUCUCAAAUUCGAAAUGCCAUCUUUCAACUUUUGAAGAAUUUUUUAAGACUUCUGCCCAAGUUUUCCCUCAAAGAAAAGCCACAGUGUGUACAGACUUGUAUAGAGGUCUUUGUCACAUUAACUAAUUUUGAGCCAGUUCUUCAUGAAUUUAAUGUUUCACAAGCCAGAAACCUUAACCAAGCAAAGUACAUUCCAGAACUGGCUUAUUGUGGAUUGUAUUUGCUGUGUUCCCCAAUUCAUGGAGAAGGAGAUAAGGUUAUUGGUAGCAUUUUCCAUCAAAUGCUAAAUGUAAUAUUGAUGUUAGAAGUAAAAGGAUCCCAUCGUGCCCCCCUUACUAUUACGUCACAAGUCAUUAAUCGUAGAAACCAAGCAAUCCAGUUUAUCAGCUCACUUGUGGAUGAACUAAAAGAAAGUAUAUUUCCAGUCCUUCGUAUUUUAUUGCAGCACAUCUGUGCCAAGGUGAUAGAUAAAUCAGAGUAUCGUACUUCUGCAGCUCAGUCCCUGGUUCAGCUGCUCAGUAAACUUCCUUCUUCAGAUUAUGCUACAUUCAUUGCCUGGCUUUACAAAUACUCACGAAGUUCUAAGAUCCCACAUCGGGUUUUUACUCUUGAUGUUGUCUUGGCUCUCUUAGAGCUGCCUGAAAGAGAGAUAGAUGGCACUCUCUCCUUGGAGCAUCAGAAGUUCCUUAAGCACAAAUUCUUGGUGCAAGAAAUUAUGUUUGAUCGUUGUUUAGACAAGGCACCUACUGUCCGUAGCAAAGCACUGUCCAGCUUUGCACAUUGUUUGGAGUUGUCCAUUAGCAAUGCAUCAGAGAGUGUAUUGGAGCUCCUCAUUAACAGUCCGAUAGUUUCACAACUAGGGACUCAUACUGGUACCUUACUGAGAAAUUCAUCAGCUUUUUCCUACCAGAGACAGACAAUUAACCCUUCUGAACCCUCAGGGGAGUUGGACAUAAACAAUAGUGGUGAAGUUGGAUCUAGAGAAAGAUGUGUUAUGGCAAUGUUGAGAAAGAGAAUCAGGGACGAGAAGACAAAUGUCAGGAAGUCUGCGGUUCAGGUAUUAGUGAAUAUUUUGAAACACUCUGACAUCUUGGGUAUGGAGGAGGACUUGUUGACUCUACAGGACCUCUGUCGGGACCCCGCAGUAUCUGUCCGGAAGCAGGCCCUACAAUCUCUUACUGAACUUCUUAUGACCCAACCUAGAUGUGUCCUGAUCCAGAAAGCCUGGCUGAUGGGGGUCAUCCCGGUGGUGAUGGACUGUGAAAGCACUGUGCAGGAAAAGGCCCUGGAGUGCCUGGACCAGCUCCUGUUGCAGAAUAUUAAGCAUCACAGUAAAUUUCAUGGGGAGGAUGACAACCAGGUACUCGCAUGGUCACUUCUUGCCCUCCUCACUACAGAAAGCCAGGAACUAAGCCGCUAUCUAAAUAAGGCUUUUUAUAUCUGGUCCAAAAAAGAUAAAUUCACAUCCACUUUUAUAAACAAUAUGAUAUCUCACACUGGCACAGAACAUUCUGCACCAGCCUGGAUGCUGCUUUCCAAAAUUGCUUGCUCAUCAACCAAGCUGGACUACACCAAAAUAAUACAGUCCUGGGAGAAAAUCAGCAGUCAGCAGAAUCCCAAUUCAAAUACCUUAGGACAUAUUCUGUGUGUCAUUGGGCAUAUUGCUAAGCAUCUUCCUACGAGCAUCCGGGACAAGGUGAUUGAUGUUGUCAAGUGUAAGCUGAAUGGAUUUCAGUGGUCCCUAGAGCUGAUCAGUUCAGCUGUUGACACUUUGCAAAGACUUUGUAGAGCAUCUGCAAAGACACCAGUGGAGGAACAGGAACUACUGAAGCAGGUGUGUGGGAAUGUGCUCUCUACCUGCGAGUACCACCUCUCCAACAUUGUUCUGAAGGAGGAUGGGGCAGGGAACAUGGAUGAAGACCUGUUGGUGAAGUACAUUUUUACCUUGGGAGAUAUAGCCCAGCUAUGUCCAGCCAGAGUGGAGAAACGAGUGUUCCUUCUGAUUCAGUCCAUUCUGGCUUCUUCUGCUGAUGUGGAUCACUUACCAUCAUCUCAAGGUACCAGUGAUGCCCCAGCCAUUCAGUCCCCCUCUCAGGUCAUGCCUUCUGUGAUUAGAGCACAUGCCAUCAUCACUUUAGGUAAGCUGUGUUUACAGCAUGAAGACCUUGCAAAGAAGAGUAUCCCAGCCCUUGUGCGAGAACUAGAGGUGUCUGAAGAUGUGGCUGUUCGAAACAAUGUCAUCAUUGUGAUGUGUGAUCUUUGUAUCCGGUACACUGUCAUGGUAGACAAGUAUAUUCCUAAUAUCUCCAUCUGCCUGAAGGAUUCAGAUCCAUUUAUCCGAAAGCAGACACUCAUAUUACUUACCAACCUUUUGCAGGAAGAAUUUGUGAAAUGGAAGGGCUCUCUGUUCUUUCGAUUUGUCAGCACUCUGAUAGAUUCUCACCCAGAUAUUGCCAGAUUUGGAGAGUUUUGCCUGGCUCACCUGUUACUGAAGAGGAACCCUGUCAUGUUCUUUCAGCACUUCAUUGAGUGUAUUUUUCACUUCAACAACUAUGAGAAGCACGAGAAGUAUAACAAAUUCCCUCAGUCAGAGAGAGAGAAGCGGCUGUUUUCACUGAAAGGAAAGACAAACAAGGAGAGGCGAAUGAAAAUCUACAAAUUUCUUCUAGAGCACUUCACAGAUGAGCAGCGAUUCAACAUCACUUCUAAAAUCUGCCUUAGUAUUUUGGCAUGCUUCGCAGAUGGCAUCCUGCCCCUGGACAUGGAAGCCAGUGAGUUACUCUCAGAUACGUUUGAGGUCCUCAGCUCAAAGGAGAUCAAGCUUUUAGCAAUGAGAGCUAAACCAGAUAAGGAUCUCCUUAUGGAAGAAGAUGACAUGGCCUUGGCAAACGUAGUCAUGCAGGAAGCCCAGAAAAAGCUCAUCUCCCAGGUUCAAAAGAGGAAUUUCAUAGAAAAUAUUAUUCCGAUUAUCAUCUCCCUGAAAACUCUGCUGGAGAAAAAAAAGAUACCAGCUUUGCGAGAACUUAUGAACUAUCUCAGGGAGGUGAUGCAAGAUUAUCGGGAUGAAAUCAAGGAUUUCUUUGCAGUUGACAAACAACUGGCAUCAGAGCUUGAGUAUGACAUGAAGAAGUAUAAUGAACAGCUGGUCCAGGAGCAAAAACUGGUCAAAGAGGCCAGUGAGAACAGGAUGACUGAAGGUGGUGAUGGGGCAGAAGCCAUGCAGGUUGCUCUGGAAUUAGACACAAUGCCAGUUCCUGGUGGCCAAGAAAAUGCCACUGUAUCCCCAGCCACAAGCAGGCCUACACCACCUGGGUCUAGCACUGGCCACACAAUGACUUUGCCUCACACACCAGAAACCGGGCCUCUGAAGAUGUUAAUGCCCAAAGCCAGGCCAAUGUCCCUGAGUACCAUUGCAAUUCUGAAUUCUGUAAAGAAAGCUGUGGAAUCAAAGAAUAGGCAUCGCAGUCGGAGCCUAGGAGUGUUGCCUUUCACUUUAAAUUCUGGAAGCCCAGAAAACCUGUGCAGCCGUGCAUCUUCCUGCAGCUUGGAGCGAGAAUCUAAUGGAGCUAUUGACCAUGUAACUAAACGAGCAAUCAGCACCCCUGAGAAAUCCAUCAGUGAUGUCACAUUUGGAGCAGGGGUCAGUUACAUAGGGACACCAUGGACUUCUUUUUCAGCCAAAGAGAAAACUGAAGCCCAGAGUCAAGGAAAUGACAUUUUAUGUUUAUCAUUGCCUGAUAAACCACCUCCCCAGCCUCAGCAGUGGAAUGUGAAGUCUCCAGCCAGGAAUAAAGACAACCCAAACCCCAGUCGGAGAUCCCUCCGAAAGAGCCCCCUGAAAACAGCCAACUGAAAUAGUGUGUUCAAGAGCCCAAGGGAACAUUCUUGAAUCCUGAGCAUGGAAAGGCAGAGGAAUCAUUUGCUGUAUGACUCAGGCAAUGUUUCAUUGUGUAAUACCAAAGCUUUUCCUUAGGAUCUGUCCCAGUGCUGUAUUUGUUCACCUGUGUUUGGCUGACCAACCUUGUGUUAUUUUUCUUUGAUAUAUGUGGUUAAAAAAUUGUGAAAUAGGGCUAGGGUUCUGGCUCAGU